AUGCCCACACCCGCCACAACCGUUGCCUUUGACACACAUCAGGACCUACUGUGGGCGGGAAAUGACUACGGCCGCGUGUCUUCGUUCUUCGGCCCGGAGCUCCAGCGCUACACAUCGUAUCGCGCACACCCAAACGGCGACGGUGCGGUCAAGCAGUUGCUGUUCUGCGACAAGGGCGUGCUGAGCAUAUCGGUGCGGAGCGUACAUCUGGCGAGCAGGCGCGGCGUGACGCAAUGGCAUCUCACGAACGAUGGCUUCAAGGACCUGCGGUGCAUGAGCUUCACCUCCAAGGGCGUCUACGAAGUGCUGGUGGCGGGCUGCCAGGAUACAAUGUUCCGGAUCGAUGUCGAGAAGGGGACCAUCACCGCGACGCUGCCGGCGGAGAACAGCUACACGAUGAUGAAGAAGGGAGGCCAGUACAUCUGCGCGGCCACCACUGGCGGCAUGGUGCAAAUCAUCGAUCCGUCCUCGUUCAAAGUCGUCAAAUCGUGGCAGGCGCACAAGGAAUGGAUCAACGACAUGGACGCCAAGUCGGACUUCCUCGUCACCUGCGGCUUCUCCCGCCGCCAGAUGAACAACCUCAUCCUGGAUCCCUUUGUGUACGUGUAUGAUCUGAAGACGCUGCUGCCGCUUCCGCCGAUUCCCUUUCACGUUGGAGCGGCUUUCGUUCGCAUGCACCCGCGCAUGUCGACUACGAGUAUCGUGGCGUCGCAAUCCGGUCAGCUGCAGGUUGUCGAUCUGAUGAACCCUAAUACGGCCAACGUGCGGCAAGUCAAUCUGUACGAGACUUACUUAUCGUGCCUAGAGAUGGCGCCAUCGGGGGAGGCUCUAGCGUUGACGGAUGCGCUGUGUUCUGUGCGGAUAUGGGGCUCGCCCACCAAGGUUCGGUUCACGGAUCAAAGCCAGCCGACGGAAUUUCCAGAUCAUGGCAUCCCUCCGCCGAAGCUAGAGUGGUCUAUGGACACUCCUCUGAGUACCAUCGGCAUGCCUUACUACAGGGAGACGUUGCUCUCCGUCUGGCCCAGCCAUAUGACCUUCGAGGUCGGCGCACCACCACCCAAGAUCGACACCCAAGUGCAAGCCAGCCUGAAACGGGCUGAGAUGGGGCAGUGGGCACCCAAUCCGCGGAAGACGCGCAGGAACCAGGUCCAAGCAACUCGCAUGCUGGAAAAGGACAACCCGCUCAAGCCACCCAAAUUCCUCAGCGAAAAGGCACGGGACGGAAACGGGGGCAAAGACGGGGAGCGGAGAAUGAGCGAGACGCUCGAGGCACUUACGGACUUGAUGCUUGACGGGUCAACGAAAAAGGACGUUCCGGUCAUGUACCGAAAUGUCGAGAUCAAGUACAGCAAGUUUGGUGUGGAUGACUUCGACUUCAAGUAUUACAACAAGACGGAGUACUCGGGUCUGGAGACGCACAUUGCUAAUUCCUACGCAAAUCCUCUUCUUCAACUAUUCAGAUUCACUCCGUUGGUGCGGAACUUGGCAUUGCAUCACGCGGCCACGUCGUGCUUGUUCGAGAACUGUCUCCUUUGCGAGCUGGGAUUCCUCAUCGACAUGCUAGAAAAGGCGUGCGGACAAAACUGUCAAGCGACCAAUUUUUUGAAGACGUUCAGUGGGCUUUCGAAUGCUGCCUCUCUGGGCCUACUGGAGGAGCACUCUCCGAACAGCUCUUUAACAAUUAUGAUUCAAAAUCUCAACCGAUUCCUCUUGGAUAAACUCACGGCCGACUUCAGGCAGAUGGCGCAUGGCGUUGGCCACCUGGAUCACGCAUUUACGACCAACGCCGUGGCCAACAUUCGAUGUGCGCAAUGCAAUAAUGAAACGAGACGCCCCGGUGCAAGCCUAGUCCACGAGCUAGUCUACCCGCCGAAGAAUACCAUGAAGAACCCGAUGCGAGCCUCGCGGCCCACGUUUUCACAGAUCCUGAAGGCCAGUGUCGAAAGACAGGACCAGAACAGAGGCUGGUGUGACAGGUGCAAGCGGUACCAACAACUCGCCGCGCGAAAGACAAUACAGAAUAUACCUCCCAUCCUGAUGAUCAAUGCAGCAAUUCACAGCCACGAGGCCAAGCAACUGUGGGCGACGCCAAACUGGCUGCCCGAGAAGAUCGGCAUCAUCGUCAACCAGGGCCAGUUUUUCUGCUACGAAGGCCAGGACUUGGAACAUCACCUACGGCGCAACUUCUACGACAUCCAGGUGUACGAGCUGAUCGGCGUCGUCGCAGACAUCAACAGCGGCGAGAACCAGAAGUCACACUUAGUAUCAAUGAUCAACGUCGCACCAUCAUCACGCAACGAGGAGGAAGCUGGGGAAGGAGGCGCCGGCAAGUGGCACUUGUUCAACGACUUCCUCGUACGGCCGGUCUCAAAGGACGAGGCGCUGCGGUUCGAGCCGAACUGGAAGCUACCGUCGGUGCUGGCAUACGAGAGCGUCAAGGCGAGUCACCACAUCGACGACUCGUGGAAGGAGAAUUUGGACACCUCGUUGCUAUACCGAACGUGGGGCCCCGCGGGCGAGAUGAGCGACAACCCAGAUUUCAAGCCGCUGCACCCCAGCGAGCACCCCGGCCCCGGCUGGCCCGUCGCCAUCGACGCGGAGUUCGUCUCGCUGCAGCGGGAGGAAAUCGAGAUCAGCGCGUCCGGCCAGCGCGAGACGAUCCGGCCGUCGAGACUAGGCCUGGCACGGGUAUCCGUACUGCGGGGCGGCGACACCGCCACCACUGCUGCCGGCGGCGGCGACAUCGACUCGGACAACGGCGAGGACAUUGCCGACACGGACGAAGGCAAGCCGUUCAUCGACGACUACAUCGCCAUCGCCGAGCCCAUCGUCGACUACCUCACCCUCUUCUCGGGCAUCUCGCCGGGCGACCUCGACCGCUCGACGUCGCGCCACGCGCUCGUCGGGCUCAAAGUGGCGUACAAGAAGCUCUGGCUGCUCCUCAACCUCGGCUGCGUCUUCGUCGGCCACGGCCUCCCCAAGGACUUCCGCACCAUCAACAUCCACGUCCCAAAAGCCCAGGUCGUCGACACGGUCGACCUCUACUUCAUCCCCGCCCGCCAGCGCAAGCUCAGCCUCCGCUUCCUCGCCUGGGUCGUGCUCGAGGAAGACAUCCAGCAGGACACGCACGACUCGGUCGAGGACGCGCGCACCGCGCUCAAGCUGUGGAAGCACUGGCGCCGCGUCGAGGGCGCAGAGGGCAGGCUCGUCUGCGACGAGAUGGUCAGGGACAUCUACAAGAGGGGCUGGGAGGUCGGCUUCAAGGUGCCUGGUAGUGGCGCGGGUGCUGCUGCGGGCGCGGGUGGUGCGGCGACGCCGACGCGCAUGACGCCGGUGAGGCCCGGGACGGGUGGCUGGAAGCCGCCGCCGCCGCCGCCGGGGGGUGUGGGGUUUGGGAGUCCGAGUCCGAUGAAGUGA